CUUCUUUUGUCCAGUUCUUUCCCUCAUCACCAUUGGUUUAACAUUCGAUCGAUCCACAUAACUUUACUCAGAAAGAUCAUCUCAUCCUUUUUUUUAAGUCUUCGCACUCCGAUUGGUUCUCAAGAAAACGCAGAAAAAGUUUAGAAUGGCGGAUAAGGCGAUCGUCAACGGCGUAGCAACGGACGCCGCCGUUGAUCGGACGGUGGUUAUCAGUGGAAAGGAAGACCGCGACGACGUUUUCGAGGAUUUUGGUGAGAACGACGCGAAGAACUCAGAUUCGACCCAAAGGAUUGCGGGUUUAGAACAAGAGAAAGUUCAAUUGGGUGAGGAAAACAAAGCUAUGAGGGAGAGGGUUGUGAAAUUGAGUGAAGAGAUCAAAGGGUUGGAGAGCGAAAAGGAAGAGAUGAAGAGAGAGAUAGAUCAGUCUGUAGCCGACAGGAGAGCUUUGGAAUCCAUUGCUGCUAGGGCAGCCGAGCUUGAGACUGAGGUCUCAAGGCUUCAACACGAUCUGAUUUCUUCGAUGACAGAAGGAGAGGAAGCGAAAUUGGAGGUAUCGGAAUUGAAGAGAGCAGUGGAGGAGCUGAGGAGGAGCGAUUCGGAGAAUGGGUUGAAGGUGGAGGUGCUUGAGAAGGAGAGGAAUUUGUUGUUGGAAAGGGUAGGAAAGGAGGCAGAGAAUGAAAGUCAAAUUCGUGAUCUGGAGAAGAAAAUCGAGACGUUGGAGGCCAGAGAGAGUACUCAGAAUGUUGAGAGAAUUAAGAUUGAGGAAGAGGCAAGGGGGAUGAUUGAUGAAAGAGAGAGUGAAAUUCGUCAACUGAAGAAGUGGGUUGAAGAGUUGGAUUCCAAGGGUUUGAAGAGUGGUUUGGAGAUUGAGAGGUUGAAGAAGGAGAAGGAAGAGCUGCAGAUUAUGAAGAACGAAUUGGAAGCACUUUUGAAGAAAUCAGAUAGGAAGACAAAGGAGAUGGAAUCCAAGAUUGAGAAAUUAGAAAAGGAAUUGGAGGCAGCGGAGCAGAUGAUGAUAAGCGGGCUGAAGGCGAAAUCGGCAGAAGGUGUUAAUGGCAAGGCGGUGGUUAUGGAUGAGGUUGUUAUUGAAGAAGGGCAAAAGGGAUCAAUGGGUUUGUUGAAGCAGCAGUGGCCAAUGCUGGCAGCAUCAACUGGAGCAAUUGCUGCAGUGGCCGUUGUGUGCUACCUUCGCUACGGAAGGCAAAGGUGAUUGGGUGGUAUUUAGGAAAUGAUAGAACAUGCAUGAAGAAACUUGCAGAAUUUUGGUUUUCAUUUCAAGUGCUAAAAUGGUUUGAUUUUGUUAGGUGCUGUGCUUUUGCUUCGCUUUGUUAUCGAGUAUUUUAGUUCAAUAUUAGAAGUUAAAGAAAGUUAUUCUGUUUUGCGAAAAAGUAAUAUUCACAACAUUUUCUCCUAACCUUUCAGUUGGUUUGCUAUGUAUCAAACACGAUCAUUGUUGUUACUUGGAUGUAAGGAUAUGCUCGAGUUUAUGUACUAUUUUAGGCCAACAAAUUAAGGUUGAAUCAUGCAACAGAAAACAUAAUAUUGUUUGGUAUUUCACAUUACUCAUUGCAGUGCUC